UCUGCUCCAAAAGCUCACAAUUGUGUACUUUUACGUGGCGUACAAACCUGAUUUAGUUUGCAGAACACUUCGACUCCAGCAAUCGCUGUACAAAACAGCCUUUAUCCGCAAACUCACUUCAUAGCCAGUAAAAUCCUCCAUUCUGGUUGUCAUUUCGCAGCAUUUCGACCGAUCGACCCAAGACUUUUCAAAAUGCAGGUCCCACUUCUGCGUCUUCAAUGCGGAUGCAACAGCUACGAAUGGGGCAAGGUGGGCAGCAAAUCUUCUGCUGCACGAUUCGCCGCCGCAACAGCUUCCGACUUUACGAUUCAAGACGACAAACCAUACGCAGAGUUGUGGAUGGGAACGCAUCCCUCGAAUCCUUCCAAGGAUGUCGCUACUGGACGCACCCUACUUGACCUGGUUCAAGACAACCAGGCAUUGCUGUCAGAAUCUAUUUCCAAGCGCUUCGAGCAGAGACUCCCUUUCCUGUUCAAGGUGUUGAGCAUCAACAAAGCGUUGUCGAUCCAAGCACACCCGAACAAGAAGCUGGCUGAGCAGCUACAUGCCAAAGAUCCUAAGCACUAUCCCGAUGACAACCACAAGCCUGAGAUGACCAUCGCAAUCACCCCGUUCGAUGGGCUUUGUGGUUUCCGUCCUCUCAACGAGAUUGUUCACUUCUUGCAGAAUGUCCCAACCCUACGACAGCUUGUUGGCGAGGAGGCUGCCAGCAAAUUUGAGCAAACCGUGCAGGGCCAGGAGACAACCGAAGAUGCCGGCAAAACACAAGAAAACAAGAAGGCACUUCAGAGUGCGUUCACCUCGCUGAUGAAGUCCUCACAAGAAGACAUCGACAAGGCCGCCCCUGCGUUGAUUAAGCAGGCGAAAGAAGAAGGCACCAAAUUCGCUGGCGAAGGCGGUCCUUCAAACGACGGCCAGGAGCUCGCUGAUUUGAUGAUCCGCCUCGACGGACAAUUUCCAAACGACAUUGGACUCUUUGUCACUUUCUUCCUCAACUACGUCAAGCUCGAGGUCGGCGAGGCCAUGUUUUUGAAGGCCGAUGACAUUCACGCAUAUCUCUCUGGUGAAAUCAUCGAAUGCAUGGCCUCCAGCGACAACGUCAUCCGCGCCGGCUUCACCCCGAAGUUCAAAGACGUCGCCACCUUAACCGACACCUUAACCUACUCGUACGCGCCCAUCUCCGAGCAGAAGAUGUCGCCGAGCGAUUACGCCUUCGUGAAGCUCAACACGAAAGCCUACACCAGCCACUCCGGCACGACGCUCUACGACCCACCGAUCGACGAAUUCAGCGUCGUCAAGACCGACCUCAACGCCGAGGGUGCCAAGGCCACUUUCAACCCCAUCGAGGGCCCGUCGAUCCUGCUGUGCACUCAGGGCCGUGGUCGUAUCAGCGUCGGUCCGAAGACGGAGGAGAUCAGCGAAGGGUUCGUGUUCUUUGUGGGAGCGACGGCGGAGUUGGUGGUGGAGAGCACCGGGUCGGAGCCGCUGGUGACGUUCAAAGCAUUCUGUCAGCUGGAGGAGGGAGAGGCGCGGAAGAGCUCGCUUUGAAUGCUAGUUUCUUACCGGGAUUGUAGACGUUCAAUGAUAGGCACGAUCCCCAACCGUGUUGUAACCAUGACGUGCACAGGGUUGUGAGGACGAGCGGCAAUUUGGACACAUGCGCUUUCAUAGCA